AUGGCACCACAGAAACUACAAUACAUCAUAAAUUUUGCCCCCGGCACAGAAGCACACACAGCACAACUAAAGGCCGCUCGCUCACACGUCGCUCGAGCAACACACGCCAAAGAAAGACGCCAGCGAACUUUACAAUAUCAAACCCAGAAAAGGGGCGACGAAAAUGGCCAGAUCCAAGCCCAGCAGGACGUUACAGGCACCAGACUACUCAAUGGGGCUGUGUCUACGCCCGAGAUCGUCACACUACUAUCAGCCAGUAGGAGGGAUCCAUUUAUGAGCUAUGCAAAGACUUUACAACCCAUUGAAGAGAUGCUAUUCGAUCAUUGUAUAUGUGACGAACAUCAUACCACUAAUGCGCUGUGA